AUGAGUGGCAACAGCGAGGAAAGUAGAUGGCGCGGGCCCAAUCGCCAGUCAUCGCAGCGCAACUCUGGCAAUGGCAGGAAUGCUGGUGGACAGGGAGGUUCCCGAGGUGGAAAUGCUUCCUGGGCGUCUUCGAGCCCAUCGCAAGACCAGCAUGUCCCUGUUUGCGGCUUUAACGCCACCGAGGCUAAGAACGUUCUGAAGAGAGCGCGAUGCAAUACAUUGUCUAAUAUGCCAAUUCCACAGAACCGAAACCACUCUUCUAUAAGCCGACGGGAAAAGAUGCGAACAACCAACGAGGACCAUGGGGCGCGAAGGGUAUCAAACACAAUGGCCAAUGGAAAGGACUUCUUUAUUGAGCUUCGCAAGCAGGUUGCCGCGCGGCAACGAGACGGCCCUCCCGUCGGUGGCUGA